UAAUUAACGUGACGAGAUGCAGCACCACUUGGAGACCCCAUGCGAUGUUAGAAUAGUGGUUGAAGGCGGAAAAGAGAUCAAAGCUCAUAGAGAUAUUCUGUCAAAAGCAAGUCCUUUCUUCGAAAAGCUCCUAAAUUCUGACAUGAAGGAAAGCAGAGAAGGAGUUAUUCAUUUUGAGCAUUGUUCUGCGCGACUCAUGGAAGCUAUCCUCGAGUUUAUUUACUCUGGAAAUGUUCAGAUUUUGCCAGAAGAUGCAGAGGAAGUGAUGAUCGCUGCAGAUUUCUUUCUACUUCCAAAUCUCGUAAAAAUCGCUUCGCGAUCUCUAAUUAUGACUACUUCAAAUUGCCUUUCAACUUUCUUCAUUGCAGAGCAGUUGCAUAUCGAGGAGCUUAUUGACAAAACCAAUAAAUUUAUUACAGCAAAUUUUGCUGCUGUGGUGAACUCGGAAGAGUUCAUGAAUUUAUCUGUUGAGGAAGUCGAAAGAUGGAUUUCAAGUGAUGGAGUCAUCUCCUGUGAAAAUGAUAUCUUCAGCAUUGUAGUUAGAUGGAUUGAUUAUGACAAAGACAAGCGACAAGAGCAUCUUGAAGAUCUAUUUCCACUUGGUAUAGUGGCUUGUGGUGGAAAUCAAGCAUUCUGCUACAUUCCUCGUCAAGCGAAGUGGUAUCAACUAACAUCAUCAAAAUAUGAAUUCAAGGGUCCCCGUCAGUUGUUGUCAUGGAACGCGAAAUUAUACAAUUUCAGUUUGAGGUUGUUUGGGUCAGGUUUUCUUUGUUAUAAUCCUUAUUCUCGUACAAAAUGUAAAUGGACGAUGCUGAAGUUACCGAGCAAACUGGUUCCUGAGAUGGCAACAGUGCUCGAGGACUGUGUUUACGGCGUAGGGAGUGCAAGAGGACAUCGGCUCAAGUUCAUAAGCAAGUACAACGAGUACUCUAAUUCAUGGGAAUGUAUUUCUGCAUCUGAUGGAGACAUUGUCAAAGGUGCUUGCAUUGUGGGUGAAGGCAAGUGUCUGUAUUUCAUUGGUGGAAUUCCAGCCUCCACUGCGUGUAAGAAAUUUGAUACCUCGGAGAUCAAAUGGGAGAACACAGCACGCAUUCUAGAGGGUAGAUACAGUGCUUUUGGUGCGGCCUACCACGGGAAGAUUUAUGUUGCUGGAGGUAAACGGCACGGCGAGGACUAUCUAAAAUCUUGCGAGGUGUACAAUGUAACGACAAAUGAAUGGCAGUUUAUAGCAAGGUUGAAUUUCCCUCGUGUAGAGGCCAGUAUGGUUUGUUGCUAUGGUAUAAUGUAUAUACUGGGUGGAAUCAGCAAUGAAGGUAUUUCAAGGGCGUUAACGGUUGAACGUUACGAUUCUGAAAAAAACAAGUGGAUCGUUGUAACGGCAAUACCUUCCAAAGUCGCUACAAAGUCUGAUUGGGACAAAUUUCAAGCUUGUCCACUAAGACAUUACAAAAGAGUUCUUGCUUGUUUCCAGGCCAUUGAGAAAAACGAAGAUGAUGAGGACCAAACAGUCGAUUAAGAAGAGUUUUAUUAAACUGUGGCGACAGAUAAUUUUUGAAAUUAUUGGCUUGUUUGUUGGGUCUACAAACAGACCAUUUCCGAGGUACUUUUUGCCUCAGUUUCAGAACGAGUCUUCGUGCAAUUUGCAUGAAAAUGAAUCUGUAGUCAAAACGCACCUUCAUAUGGAUGGUUUCACACGAAGGAUCGUUUUGACACAGAGACACAGAGACAAAGGGGCAACUCGGGAAUGACCUAUUGAAGCUGUGAAAUUAAAACAAGCCACCUUGGCUUUCCGCCUACAUUUAGUUUGUUGUAAAAAUCUUUGAAUACAUAAACAGCUUUGCUUCUUCGUAGACUUGAAUGCGAACAACUGACUUCUGUAGUGAUGAAAAUCUUCACGGAUUUCGCUGUUAGUUACUUCAGCUGCAAACAUCUCAAGAAAAUACAGAUUUUGUA